AUGGUUGAUGUAGCGGUAUCUUUUGCUAUUGAAAAGCUUAGUGAAUUUGUUACUCAACAUGUUGACAUUAGGGUUGGAGUGAAAGAUGGUAUAGAGUGGCUUAAAGAUGAAUUGAGCUACCUGCUCAUUUCUGUCAGAGCUGUAGAAUCGCAACAAUAUUUGCCUCAUGUCCGCCUGUGGACUGACAGUGUGAGAGUCGUUUCGGAUGAAGCUGUAAUUAUCUUGGACAGGUUUUCUGCUCAACAAGAACAUGCAGCUCCGGAACAUGGUACUGUGUUGGAUCGUGUGCAGAGUUUUUUCUGCAUCUGCAAGAAAGAAGCUAAUCUUUAUGAUAUCGGUAAGGAUAUCAAGUCACUCAAAGAAGAAAUCAGUAGGAUCAAGAGUAGGCGAGAUGAAUUCCGUAUUACUGACAUAAUCACAGCCACUCCUACUGUGCAACAGAGGAAGAGAACUUUGCUCAGAGCAGCUUCCUUUGAUUACAAGGAGGAUGUGAUUGGUUUUGAGGUUGAUUUUCAGACUUUGCUGGCUCAACUUGACAAUCAAGAUCCCUCCCUUGGCUUAAUUUCCAUUCAUGGAAUGGGGGGGCUGGGCAAGUCUACUCUUGCUAGUAAGCUGUACCACUCCAGCGAAUUAAGCCAUUUUAAAAGUCGUGCUUGGGUUUGUGUCUCCGAGGAUUAUGACAUCAAACUUGUUCUGAGGAAGAUUAUAAAGUGUUUCAGGGGGGAUGACCGAGAUUUGUUGAGCAAGAUGGAAGAGUUGGAGUUGUUGGGGCACCUGCGAAAGAUACUGCUUAAUGGUGAUCACUAUCUUGCGGUGAUUGAUGAUAUAUGGGAUGUAGAGGUUUGGAAAAAGAUUAAAAAUGCUUUUCCAGACAAAAAAAACGGCAGUAGAGUCAUUAUAACCACGCGGAACAAAAUGGUUGCGGAGGGUGUAGAAGACACGUGUUUUGUCCAUGAACUAAGUUUUUUGAGCAAAGACGAGAGCUGGCAAUUAUUCUAUAAGAGAGCAAAACCAACCCCAAACCUGGAGAUGUUAGGUAAGGAGAUGGUAGAUAAAUGUGGAGGUUUACCCCUUGCAAUCGUGAUCCUGAGUGGGCUAUUAUUGCAGAAAAAGACCUACAAAUUUUGGUCCGAUGUGAAGGACCAGCUUUGGAGAAAGUUGAAGGGUGAGUCUUCGGAGAUUCAAGAACUACUAAAUUUGAGUUAUGAUGACUUGUCUUUCCACAUCAGGCAAUGUUUUCUGUACCUUGCAAGGUAUCCUGAAGACCAUACUAUCCGAGUUUAUAAGUUAAAGCUGUUAUGGGUUGCAGAGGAAUUUGUUGAGGAACAAGAUGGAGUAGACAUGGAGGAUGUAGCUGAGGAUUAUUUGAAUGAGCUUAUUAAUCGCAAUAUGAUUCAGAUAGAACUACAGACUGCUGAUGGACAAGUUUUGGUAUGCAAGGUCCAUGAUCUUGUACGUGAUCUUGUUGUAGAGAAGGCUAGGGAGCAGAAGAUACUGGGUAUUUUUGACUCAAGUAAACAAUAUGCAAAUCUCAGACGUUCGUUGCAAGGUCAAGUACGUCAUGCAAUCUACAAUGGAAUUGGUGAGUACUUUAAAUUACUUGGGCCGAAUUCUGGUAAUUUAAAUUUGCGUUCAUUAGCACUAACUACUAGAACUGCUACACUUGAAGAAGAGGAAAUAAAGUUAAUGUACACGAGAUUCCAAUAUCUCAAAGUGCUAGACUUGACCAGAGUGUAUGAUUCAGAGGGGAUACCAGAAGAAAUAGGAGAUUUAGUUUUCCUAAAGUUUUUGGGCUUAAUGGGUGGUCCUUACUCUGGUAAAGCUUUACUGAUUCCUUCAAGUAUAGGAAAAUUGAAAAGGUUACAAACUUUGCAUGGUUCAGACUCUUACAUCACUACUUACGUAUUCCCUAAGGAGAUAUGUGAGCUUAAGGAAUUAAGGCAUAUAAUCUUUAAUGAAAAUGAUAGGAAUUUGUAUAUUGGAAGCGACCAGACAAAUCUCCAAACUAUAAGUGAAAUAACGUAUAAGGAAUGGUGCCAUAUUGAUACCAAUAAUUGGACCAAUCUCCAUACACUUGUAAUUCCGGAAGACGAUGAUGGUGAUAAUGAAGAAGAAGAAGAAUAUAAUUUGGAGUCUAUAGCAAAUUUAACAAGUCUCCGAACAUUAGUCCUCCUACAGGGUGGUGUUAUUUCAACAAUGCAACCACUUUCGUCUUGCAAACAUCUCAACAAGGUCGUGUUGCGGGGUAAGAUAAGAGAUGUAGCAGAACUAAGGUUUCUGCCAGAUUCAGUCACUGAUUUAACACUAGUAACUGUUUCCACUGAAGAUCUGAUGUCCAUUCUGGGGAUUUUGUCCAAUCUUACCUCCCUUUGGUUGUAUGAAUGUGGAGACAAAAUGGUUUGCGGUGCAGAUGCAUUUCCAUGUCUACAAUUCUUACAAAUAAAACCCGCUGGUGAUCUGUUUGAACUUCAAGUUGAUGACGGAGCUCUGCCUUCUUUAAGAGCUUUUACAUUGGAUGCUGAUAAGAUGGAUAGAAUUGAGAUUCCGCUACGACUAUCGUCUCUUCCUCUUGUACCAGAUUUUACUGGCCAUUGGUGGUAG